AUGGCUCUCCGCAAGUCCCCAACAUUCGGUCUGGGUUCAGCAACUGCAGACAACAAGCUCAAUCACAAAAUGAAUAUCCCAGCCUUGGGUCUGCCAUUGCACCCGACGGCAGAGACCAUCGAAGUCUCAUUCAGUAUGCUCGAGAAGCUCUUCUGGUACUGGAUUGCGAGUGGGAGCCUCAGUGCACUGGGUCUGAGAAAUAUACCGGCAUUCGGGGAAGCCCCGGGAUACACAUUAGAUCGAAGAGACCAUGAAGAUACGAAACCAAAGAUCACUUUCUUCGCUGCACCUCCUCGUCGCCCGCCUGGGAGCCGCCAGCAGCAGCAGCAGCAGCAGCAUCAAGCAGCUGUUACGGGUACAGGUCACUCUCAACAGGUUUGGGACGAUCCAUGCCGACCAGUGCAGUCGAAUGUUCUCAAUACUGCAAAUGAUGUCGUACGUGCGCAAGAUGAAGCUGAACCCACCAGUGGAAAACCGGACGUCAUUGCGGCAACAGCUCCAACCUCGCAUGAACCGCAACCAACUGUCAGUCCUCCACAUUCUCAAGAUGAUGCUGGUGAUAGUCAGAAUCAAUGCGACCCCAGCCAAGGAAAAACUUUGGAAAUGGCGGUCGGACAACAGGAAAGCACCGGUGUCUACUGUGAAUAUAUUGGCGAGGAAUGGGACGACAGCUUUAUGGAUGAGUUUGUCAACUGGGGUCCGGAUAUCGACAUCUGA